AAGCAUUCUGGGUGUGGUAGGAAGAGUCCAGGACAGAGACAUGGCUUUGGGGCGAUUUUAACUACAUUUCCCAGUGUCCUUUGACACAUAUGUUCUUGACAGAAGUAGCGGCAGCUUAUCCACCUAAUAGGCUAUGCCUUAGUUGAUAGUAGGUAACCUUGUUUAGGCUAUUUCUGAGUAACAUUAAUUUGUUGUUAUAGCAGUUUCGUGUUAAACGGAAAUAAUAAAACAUAAGUCGUAUAUCGUAUCCGUUAAAUCCGAUAAAUUGAAUUGCAUGACAGUUGUCAUCAACAGAGUUGUCUAUAAACUGUCCAAGGUUGUGUUAUGGCGAGCGACAAAUCAAUCCACCAACUCCGGUUUGAUGCAGCUGUGAAGGUGAUAGAAAAUGUACCUCGUGACGGUUCAUAUCAACACUCAGAUAAUAUGAUGCGAGUGGUUUAUGGUUAUUAUAAACAGGCUACAGUUGGUCCCUGUGAUAUCCCCAAACCCAGCUCCUGGGAUACGGAGGGGAAAGCCAAAUGGGAAGCAUGGAAAGCGUUAGGGAGCAUGGCAAAAGAGACUGCCAUGGUGGAAUAUGUUCAAGAAAUUAAACAGAUUCUGGAGAUACUUCCUGUCAAUGAUGAGGUGUCAGAGCUGCUUGAUGUUCUUGACAACUUCUAUGAGUUUGUUGACAACGAUGGUGAGCUAUCUGCAUCAGCAGAGUUCAUCACAGACAAUUUGGAAAAUGGAAAUAUGGAGAUCAGUGACACAAGAUACUUUUAUGGAGUGGAAGCAGGUGAUGACGGUGAUGACGAGGAAGAGGAGGAGAGUAAAGGUGGAAAUGACUCUGAGGAAGAGAUGGAAGUGCGGACGGAGGAAGAAGAGGACCAGUGUGUGGACCUUACAAGGCCGAUUGUGGAUGUUACUGAGUGGAGAGGUGGGUCCCCCGUCUCCCCCGUCUCCCCCGUCUCUGAUGGCAGUGGGGAGAACAGAAGCCCCUCCCUGACCCACAACACCCACAGCUCCCUCAACGCCCAGGAGGAGGAGCAGGAGCUGGCCUGCUUCCAAGAGCCCCCACAGGAGAAACUCCUCUCCGGCCUCAAGGGACACUCAACUAAUGACAAUGGGGUGGCCUCGGGACGGAAUGGCCAGACUCAGGCCUCAGAUAAUGAGGUGUGCUGUGGCUCCUCCGAACAUCCCGCUCCAGAGGAAGGUGCUGCAGUUCCCAGGAUCCCGCUGGCAAAGCCUGAAGGAGGCCGAGCCAGAAGGCAGAAUCCACAGGGAGGGACCAAGGCCGUUCAGUGUGGGAAUCGCAGUCCCCCCUGCACUGAGGCACAUGGUACAGUCCGGCCAGACCAGAGCUCAGACCAGAUGGAAGGUAGUAGCUCACUUGGAACAGAACUGUGUUGCCAUGGAGAGGGAGACUACACAGACACUCAGAGGAGCAAGGCUGUUGCCAUUGGAAAUAUAAACAAGGAUAUCACCAUGGUGCUCACGUGUCUACAGGCAGACAUGCAUGAUGUGCUGCAGAGAUUGAACACUCUUGAGGCCCUGAGCGCGUCACAGAUGAAGUCCUUAGUGCUCAGAAAGGAACAACUUAUGAAUGAAACCAAAAAGAUGACAUCAUGGUGGCCCCUCAGCCUGUCUCCACUCACUGUGUCUCUUGCUGUGGCCUGGCCUGUCUUGGUUCAUUGGAUUGUGGACUUCUACCUCCAGCGGAGGAGAAAGCAGCUGCACUGAGGAGUACAUGAGUCCACUGUGUCAGUAUCGGAUAAAGGCCCUGACCUCUACAACAAGUAGUCUUUGGUUAUUGCCAGUCACAAGCUGAUGCCUGUCAUCUGCACUGUCUGUGAGGAAAAAUAGGUGAAACAGGUGAC